AUGAUCAAAAUUCUAUUCGUACUCGUGGUUUUCAUAAGCUCUCACUUUAUCUGUAGCGGCGAGCAAAGCGGACUCGUAAACUUUUGGUAUACUUGUGAUUUCCAAAUGGAAUCCGAUAUGAAUGACAUGAGUGAGGAAUGCCGUAAAAUAUAUAGCCAAAAAGCGGGCCAGAGCGAUGUCUACGAGCUGUAUAAAACCGAAGCUGAAAUGUUUUACAAAUUCCGAAAUAAAUUGGUGGAAUGCGAAAGCAAUGGCAAAACAUGUGCUUUGAGUGAUGGUCAAAGUGAAAUGGAAAUGCCGCUGCUAAUCGGCUAUGAUAUCAACAAACGUAUGCGUUUAUACAAAGAAGCCGAAAUAAAUCAGUGUUAUGUAGAGACCACCAAUAAUAUUGAAUUCAUAAAAUGUAUUAUCGAAGCUCGCAAGAAACUAUUGGCCGCCUUAAAUCAAAAUUGUUCGAGCAUCUUUUGACAAUGUAGUAAUUAGAUUCAGUGUGUCAGCGAAAAGAAAAUAUGUCAAAUCCUAAAAUUUGACUUGGCUGGACCUUUCUUAGGCUCUUAUUAUGUAUGGCAACUGACACGUGUAUAGUAGGCGUACACCACAAUUGAUAUUAUGCAUAGCAACAGGCUACUGAAGAAAGGCAGCUGUGUGCUAGAGGUUACAGAAAAUCAAGAAUUUCCUUUGAAACGGGUGAUCCAAGUAGAAGUACUUUUCCAAAGCCCUUUUUUUGCAGAUCACCUGUGUGUCGUGGCAAGC